AUGGGUUCUAUUUCGCCAUUCCCUAAAAGCCACGGAAAAUCGCAUUGUAACAAUGAAGAUGGCUCCUGGAACGGAUACCGUAUCCGUGAGACGCGUCUGGGCACGCGGCGGCCAGCCAAAGUGAUAUUGAUGGGUAUAAGCGCGGCAGGCAUUGAUUUCGCCCAUUCCGUGGUGGAUAAGAUGGACAACCCCGAGCUACAGAUUUACGAAAAGAACAGCGACAUUGGAGGAACAUGGCUGGAGAAUCGAUACCCUGGAUGCGCCUGUGGUGUUCCCAGUGUCAGCUACCAGUACAUCUGGCAACGCAAGCCAGAUUGGUCUCGCUAUUUUUCCGGAUCGCGGGAGAUAUGGCAAUACUUCAAAAAUGCGGUAAGGAGCAACCAGUUGAAAAGGUUCGUCAAGUUCAACCACCAGGUUAUCCGGGCGGAAUGGCUCGAUAGUUUGUCCAAAUGGAAAGUCACCAUCAUGUGUGAUAACGAUCCGCGGACGUGCUUCGAUGACUAUGCGGACUUUUUAGGACUCAAUGACUUUCAAGGCGUCCGCGUCCACAGUGCCAAUUGGGACGACAAUGUCCAGCUCGACAACAAGCCUGUGUUGGCCAUAGGGGUAGGCAGCUCUGCCGUACAAAUUGUUCCAACUAUCAUUGAUCGAGUCCAACAGCUGCACGUCGUCGCCCGUUCUCCAACCUGUAUCACUGCCGGCGGUGCUCCUAGUUACGCCGGACCUGGGGGAGCGAACUUUACCUACAUCGACGAGACGAAACAAAAGUCCCACGAGAACCCCGAAUUAUACCUGAGAUACUGCAAGGCUGUCGAGUCCGAAUUGAACAUUCGCUUCCGGUUCAUAGUCAAUGGUUCCCCUGAAUCGCAAGAAGCUCGCACGUUUUGCGAGAAUUUCAUGCGACAGAAAUUGGUCAAGAAACCGGGAUUGAUCGACAAGCUCAUUUCCAAGAAUUUUGGCGUCGGCUGUCGCCAUCCCACCUCUAGCAACGGCUUUUUGGAAGCCCUGACCGAGGACAGAACCAGCAUCUGGACAGAAAACAUCCGUGAGAUCACAGAAACUGGAUUCGUCAGUGCCGAUGGUCAGCAUCGCGAAGUGGACGUUAUUAUUUGCGCCACUGGGUUCGAUACGACUUUUUGCCCUCGUUUCCCUCUCCUGCAACACCCGAGAUACGAGGAUUAUGAUAUUGAAUAUCUCAUCGGGAACCGGUUCAACUAUCUGGGUAAUGAGUUUGCAGUGCGGGAUCAUGACGGACGUAACUUGACUUGGUAUUAUGGCUUGGUGAAUGGAGAGGACCGGCAGUCUGAGAGUUUGCCUCCCACGUUCUGAUUUCCUGUACUUUAGACCAGUCACAUUCCGGCUGGGUGUAUAUCGUGCUAUGCGACAGAAAUCCUAAGUCAGUUCCUCGGAAAGGUAUACGGUAUCCAGCCUUUAUGCAGACCAGAAAUUUCUUACCAGACAAGCCGGUUCUAUCCUCCACACACCAGCCAAAAA